AUGUGGCAUCCAUGUGUACGACAUGCUCAAUUACAAGUUAAUGAUGAAACACAUUUUGAUUUAAAAUCAAAUCCGUUUUUUUCUCAACCAUCUGAUAGUAUAACAAAAGAAUUUGUACGAUUACAACAAGAACAAAUUCAACAACAAAAAGUUCUUAUUACGUCUCCAACACAUACAAUCGAUUCAUCACAAACAAAUAAUAAUCAAAAAUCAUUAAUAUCAAAUACACAAUCAUUAACUAAUAUUGAUGGAAAAUCAACUAGCCCAAAGUUAAUAAAAAGAACAAAAAAAUUAUUCGAUUCAAUUGAUGACGAUGAAAGUGGAACGCCAGAAACAAGACUUGUUGAAACAAAUUCAAAUAUUCGUAAUAAUUUAUAUCAAACAACAUGA